AUGACCAAAAUAAUUUUUCUCUGUGGAGUUCUUGGAGUUCUGUUGCAAGGGGUAAUUAUUAAUAAAACUAAAAAAAAAUUCUAUAUAACAUUAAAACAUAAAAUUUUGAAGGUUCACUUAUCGGAAGCUGAAGUAAAUAAUGCUCAUGCGAAACAUGUUACCCAAACAGCACUUUUUGGCGAUGACAUUAAGUCAUGGCUCACUCCUUAUGAGGGAGUUUUAGCAACGGAAAAUACUCCUGUUUAUGGUUUAGUAAGCAAGCCAAAAGUUUCUGUGAACAACACUGGAUAUGAAAUUAUUGAGCAUAAGGACGCCAUGAAAAAUGUUAUUGCAUACUUGCGUGAAAACAAAUCUGAUGCAAUUACUACACCGAGUAAUAAACCUCCCAAAGCUCAUCAAGAACAGAGCACUGUAGUUGAAAAUAAAAUUCGUGGCAAAUCUGCUCGACACAAAACUCUGAUGGAAAUAAACAUGGAAAUUUCCAAGAUGCUGAAGAUAAACCAUCGGGAAUCAAAUAUAAAAUGUCGUAAGUUGUUCAUAUGA